UGCAGCUCCAAGUUCCUCACCGCGCCUCGAACGUUAACGGAAUUUUAAACACUACUCGAAAAAAGAAGCAGAACCUGCAUCAUUUGCAUAAAGCAAAUAGAAAUCGAAUCGAAACGAAACAAAAAUAGCUCUGGCAAAACUUGACUUGGAUUUUGAUUUUGUGUAUCGUUUCCCUAUCGCUUAUCUGACAUAUCUGACAUACCUGACAUUACCCGCGCGCCCCGCCAUCGUGUUUGUUUCAAAAGAAAAUAGUGCAACGAUAUUGGAUUGAUCUAUCGGGAGAUACCCACCAACAAAAAUACGAAAUUGGAUUCGGAGUUUCGGUGAAUCAUGCGAGUCUCAUUGGCACUGUGGGGCACUCUGUGCCUGUGGGUGGUUACGGCGAAUGCACAGGGAUUUAUUGCGCCACCCAACGCGGGUCUUCAUAAUGCGCCCUUUCACAACUCGCAUCGUCGCCAGCUGAAUCUGCAGCAGUACAAUCAGCAAAACUUUGUCCAGGCAGGCGUCGAGCUGCCCAUUCCCCACCGCCAGCAGCAGCAGGCGCAACACACCCAUCUGCACCACCAGGCACCGCAGCAGCAUCGUUUCGGCCAGUUCCCACAGCACCAGCAGCAGCAGCAGCAGCCGCUGGCGCCCACCCAGCAGCAACCCCACGGCAAUCAGCAGUUCCAACGGUCCACCCAAAGCCAGCUGCAAACGGCUCCUCAAUUCCCUCAGCAGCAGCAUCAACAACAACAGACGCAGCAGCAGCUGCCCUCGGCUUCCAGCAAUCUGGAUCUGCAUCAUCAGAACUUCUUGGACUUGCGUAACUACGCAGGCUCCCAGCAGCAACAGCACCCCCAUCAACAGCAGCAACAGCAACAACAGUUGCCCCAACGCCACAAGCAAUUUGACUCCCGCUUGCAGUCGACCGCUUUCCCACCACAACCCUCGAGGGAAACCUACCAGCAACAGCAAACCCAGCAGCAGUUUUCCUACCAGCAGCCCCAGCAAUUCGGAUCUCAAGUUUUGCCUCAGACCACACAGAAGUUGCCCAGCCAGGCGCCUGUGCCCACCUUCCAGACUAUUCCACAACAGACUCCGCAUCCCAUCCAGCACCAGCAACAGCAGCAACAGCAGCAUGGCCAAUUCAACUAUCAGCCUCAGCCAGCCCUUCCGCAGUACCAAUUGACACCCCAGCUGGGUCUGCCUGUGCCUCCACUCUUCAGCACUUUGCAGUCCACACCCUUUCCAGCGCAGCCCACGAGAGAAGCUUUCCAGCAGCAGCAGCAGCAGCAGCAGCAGCAGCAGCAACAGCAACCCCAAGGUCAGCAAUUCCAGCACCAAUUUGUGAAUGCUCCCGCUCAGCACCAGCCAGCAGAUCAGGAGUACAAGCAGAAGCUCAUCCAGAAACACGAGCAGUUUGUGGCCAAGCAGUACGAGAAGUCACAGCACAAGGUGCGCCAGCAGCAUGAGGAGUUCCUGGUUAAGCAGCACCAGAUUAAGCAGCACAUCCUGCCGACGAUCAUCACCCAGCAUAAUGGAAACUACCAGCACUCGCCCUAUGGCGUAGGACCGCCACGUGGACGCCCGGUGGCCCAUCCCACCGAUUACAACCAGUUCAACAGCGCCCUACAGCAGUACUACAAGGAGCACCCAACCACGACGACGACCACGACAACGACAACCACCACUGAGGCCACCACCACGCCCAAGAAGAACAUCUAUGCCCAGGUCAAGUCGGAGCUCGGAAAGUAUCCCAGCCAGAAGGGCGCUGGCAAGAAGCCUGUCAAGACCUUUGCCCGGGAUGAUCUAUUGAAGCAGCUGAAGGCAGCCCUCUCAGAAGCCCCGCAGCAGCCCUUGACUGGCAACAAGACCUACGACGAAAUGGAUCUUCUGCUGCCCAAUGGCCAGAGAGUCCAGGUGAUACGCACCACGGAUCCCAACCUUGUGCAGGGUCAGAAAGCUUAUUCCCAGGAGCAGCUGCAGACCCUGCUGGCCCAACAAGCGCUGGGAUCAGAGGCCAAGUUGAGCCUCAGCGAUGUGGCUCCCAGCAAGAGUAAGGACCUGGAACUGCCCGGUGGUGGUAAAGUGCAAAUCCUGCGGUCCCCAGAUCCCCAGGAGUCCGACACCCUCCCAACCGGAUCGCUGCCGGGAGGUGUAGAUCUGUCCAGCCUGGCAGCUCUAUAUGGUGGUGGAGCCGGCGACAUACAGGGCAUUAGCAGUGGAGCCAACAGCAUCGCCAGCUCGGCCGUCAUCACUUCAGAUUCGGAUGAACCACCCUCCCUGGAAGAGCUGGCCAAGCGUGGACUUAUUCCCGAUGGCUAUGAGAUCGAGGGUCUAAGCCCAAAGUCCGAGACACAGGCAACGCCAGCACCGGCGGUACCGGCCAAGAAGAAGGCCACCUACGUGUACCUCGAAGAACAGGCCGAUGGCAGCUUCAAGAUCCAGGGAGUGAAGGCCAAUGGCGAGAAGGAAACCAAGCAGACUGGCGCGGAAGUCGAGAGCAUUCUGGAGAGGAUCAGGAAUGGUGAGAUCAAGCUGCCCCCUUCUGUGUCCCGUCUGACCCUUCCCAACGAUGAGCUCGUGGAGAUCAAAAGCGGAAAGAUCAUCCAGACCACCCGGGCCCCACUGACAACGACCAGUAGCACAACAACCACCACAACGACCACACCAGCUCCAUUUGUUUCUCGCGGCACGCCCAGCAAUCAUCGUCAGUAUCAUCCCUCCCGGACAUCGACCACCAGCACAACGACUAGUCCGCCCUACACUCCUCGCUACAGCCCCAUCUAUGAAAGCAGCACCUCCAACGCGGCAGCUGCGAGCCUGAUCCGCACCACGCCCGCUCCAGUGUAUAGCUCUUCGCCGGUGACAGCCUCUUCGUACCUGGGAGGAGUCUCUGUCUCCACCCACCUGCCAGUGGUUACCGAACGUCUCUCGGAUCUAGCCCACACACCGGAGCUGCUGCCACCUGCGCCUCAGUAUGCUGACGCUCUUGUCCAGGAAACCGAGAAUACAGAGAAGGCAGCCCAGGCUGGUCCGGGUGUUACCUCCGUUCUGUCCAAUCCGAGCGAGGAUUUGCUGCAGAUAUUGAAGUCGAAUGGGCUCUUUGCUAUGGCCAAGUACCUCCGCCAGUCGGGAUUGGAUAGCAUUCUUAAUGAGACAGGACCCUACACCAUAUUUGUGCCCACUGACAAGGCCUUCAAAAAUCUCCUGGUACAAUUGGGUGGACCCGAGCGCGCAGAGGAGAAGUUCCAGUCCAAUCCAAGACUGCUGAGUGGGUUAUUACUUCACCACGUGAUCCCUGGAGCCUUUGAAAUUGCCACGUUGCAAGACGAGAUGACGGGCGUGUCCCUGGCUGGAACCCAGCUCCGUGUCAAUCAGUACAAUAUGCACGACCAGGAGUGGAACGAUGUCACUCUCACUACCAUCAAUGGAGCCAUGGUUGUGCUGAAUAAGAAGGACAUCAAGAUCCCUCAGGGAGUGGCCCAUGCCGUGGAUCGUGUCAUGUUCCCACUGCCCGUAGGAGAUCUUCUGCAGACUCUGCAAUCCGAUCGCGAGGGUCGCUUUAGCAACUUCCUCAAAAUUCUUUACACCUCUGGACUGUCCGAGAAGCUGCAGAGCAAGGGUGUAAAAACGUACACUGUUUUUGCCCCAGUGGACAAGAGCUUCAGUGAACUGGACUCGGACACGCUGGAGAAGCUAUACAAUGAUAAGGAAGCCGCCGAGCAGUUUGCCAUGAAGCACAUAGUACCUGGAGCUCUCUUCUCCGCUGGUAUGCGUUUCUACCAGGUUAAGGACUCGCUGUACACGGGCAAGACCGUGAUUCUGCAGAAGACCUCUGCUGGAAAGAUCAAGGUGAAUGAUGCCCAGAUGGUCACAUCCAACAUCCCUGCCACCAAUGGAGUGAUCCAUGCCUUGGACGGCGUUCUUUCGUGAAGAGAUUAAAAGCUGUCUGAGGAGAUUAUAUCGGCCUUGUUAUCGCAGUUUUUCGUGUAGCCUUAAGAGUUAGAUUAAGCGAGGAGGAGAAGGAGUCUUCAUCAACCACAUCCAAAAUUGUUAGUGAAAUCUUGCCAACGCCUUGGGAGGGCCGAAACAAAUUGCCGUCUUUCGAAAACAGGUGCAAAUCCGCAAUUAGACAGAGAUGUACACAAAGAUUUGGUGCUUUCAUCAACUUUCCUGUAUUGUAUCUUUUUCGCCUUCAUCAAACAGUCAUUACAAAUAGUUCAAUUUAAGAGAAGAAAUGUGUAAAAAACCAAGAGUAUGGAAAAAG